CCCAUUAUUGUGACCACUGCUCCCUCUCUUGCUUUCACUGUGCUUCUUUUUUCUCCUCCCUUUCUCCAAAAGAAAGCACCAGAAUGAGCUUGUUCAUGGUGGCCAUGCUCCUCCUCUUCAUUCUCCACCUCCAUUCAUAGAGGAAUCUCAAGAACCAGCUUACAGAUCAAUAAUAUUCAUUCAUGGCGUCCACUGUUGACGGGUACGAUGACCAAUCUCAUGCUAUGUAUCACGUCCCACAGAACAGUCGCAGAGAGAAGCUCCGAUUCUCCGAUUCUAACUAACCCUCUUCUCCUCCCCAUCCCUUCUUCUUCUUUUUCUGCCUCAUCCCUAAACCCUAACUCUAACCUGAACUCUGGUUGCCUUGGUGGUUCUGCGUUCCCCAUCCCUUCUUCUUCUUCCUCAUCCCCAAACCCUAACCUUAACCUGAACUCUGGUCGUCUUGGUGGUUCUGCUUCUCGGGCUUUCUCUUUGUUGUUUUCCUCGGCGGCUCUGUUUGAGCAUGCGCCGUCGAGGCCGUUUACUGGUUAUGCUGCGGUUUUGAGUGGAUCUAGGUAUUUGGAGCCUGCGUUGCAGGUGCUUGAAGUGGCUUGUGGGGUGGGUCGUGUUAGAGCUUUUUUUUAUGGUGAUCAUUUUGGGAUGGAGGAUACUUGUCGCGCUGGGAGGGUUGUGAAUGAAUCAGUGUUGGGGAAGGAGCAACAGUGGAAAAAGGCUAGACUAGUUUCCAUGCUCGAUGAGGUCUGCAGCAGGUACACACAUUAUUAUCAGCAAUUGCAAGCAGUUAUCCAAGCUUUUGAAUCUGUUGCUGGCCUUAGUACUGCUGCACCAUAUGCCUUGAUGGCUCUCCAGACAAUGUCAAAGCAAUUCAAGUGUCUAACAAAUUUGAUAUCGGAUCAUUUGCAUCUAACUGCAAGAAACCCAGAAACAUACAGGCAGCCACCAAUCUGGAGGCCUCAGAGAGGACUGCCUGAAAGAGCAGUAGCUGUGCUACGUAAAUGGUUGUUCGAGCAUUUCUUGCAUCCGUACCCUACAGACAUUGACAAGCAAAUGUUGGCAAAACAUACAGGUCUAUCUAGAAACCAGGUUUCGAACUGGUUUAUCAAUGCAAGAGUCAGGCUCUGGAAGCCAAUGGUGGAGGAGGUACAGUCCCUCGAGCUCAGUCAAUCUUAUCAAUUUCCGGCAGGAGACAGGAAGAUUGAAGAACUAGGCAAAGGAUUAAGUGCUGCUGGCAGGGGAAAUGGUGGUGUUCCUCUUACUCUCGCUCUCCACCAAAGCAAUGAAGUUUGCAUAUAUAAACCUCUCCAUCGGAAUGCUGUUCGUAGUUUUGGUUUCGACUAUGAUGACAUUACAAGAAAUACAGGAAAAUUCAAUGGAAAUAUUUGUACGGAUUCGUUCUGUCGCUAUUUAUAACUCUUUGGUGAUUAUUGUUGUUGUUAUUAUUAUUAUUAAUGUUUUUUUUUAUUAUUUCUCUUUAGCGUAAUUUUCCCAGCAGAAAGUAUACACGAUGGAGAAGGUAUUUAAGCAAAUAAG